UGAAGUCAAUCAGUUGUUUAUUGAUGAUCGCCGGAGUCGGUAUGGCUGCUUAUAUUGCAUUGUUGGGCAUACUUUGCCUUGUGCAUUUUCCUGUCGGUCGGGCUUAUGGCCCAAAGAAUGUAGUGCCUUCAGAUGUUAGAGUCAGUUUGGCGGGUCAGGGCGUGGUGAUUGGUAAUACAAAUACGACAUUAUGGACGGGUCAAACUUAUAUGCAGUUCCGUGGUAUUCCUUAUGCUGAGUCGCCGAGUGGAGAGCUGCGUUUUAAGCCACCGAUACCAAGAAAAUCCUGGUCGGCGCCGCUUCAAGCCACCGACUAUGGCCGAAUUUGCCCACAAUUAUUCACAUACAAUCGUUUGUCGCCGGAUAAACUCAGAGGUGAUCUUGAAGACUGUCUCACUUUGAACAUUUUCACCAAAAAGCUAAGCGGCAAGCAACCUGUGAUGUUCUAUAUCCAUGGCGGCAGCUUGCAGGUCGGUUUCGCUAGUGAUCACAAAGCUGGUUAUUUGCUUGAGGAGGAUGUCGUAUUGGUGGUGAUACAAUACCGUCUGGGUAUACUCGGCUUUUCGGGCACAAAUACACCAGAAAUGUCCGGCAACUUUGGACUCUUAGAUACGCUACUGGCUUUGCAAUGGGUGCAUGAGCAUAUCGCUGCUUUUGGUGGUGAUAAGUCGGAGAUAACUGUGUUCGGCGAAAGCUCGGGUGCUGAACUAACUGGGGCAUUACUAAUCAGUCCUAAAACACCACCAGCUGCCAUUAAACGUGCCAUCAUACAAUCUGGUUCUAUAGUGGAUAAAGGUGCUGUAAAUCUGGAACCACUGGCGCAGGUGGAACGCGUGUGUCGCGCUUUAAAGUGUACGCACUGUGAGGAUAUUGCCAAAAUGGAGAACUGUUUGAAGGGCGCAUCUGUAUUGGACUUACUCAAGGCAGCGGAGACUGAACGCUAUGGCAUGGUUAUUGGCGAUUACUAUGGCGCAUUGCCUGAGCAUCCGGCCAAGCUCAUGGACAGGGCAGAGAUUAGCACUCCUAUAAUGACCGGUUUUACAAAACACGAUGGUGUGAUAGCAUUGGCCAUACUCUACGAGGACUUCAAAGCCACACAUCCCAACAUGAACGCCGUUACCGUUGCCGAAUUCGCCACUGCCAUCAUGAGUUGGCUGAACGAUACCACCGGAUUGACGAACAAUGCAAUGGAGCGACUAUUAUUUCCAGCAGAACUUUGGCAUAGUUUCGACCACAGACGAGCUUUGCCUGCCUACUUUGAUCUCGUCAACAUACUCUUCUUCAAAUCGCCAAUGCUGGGCUUCACAAACAGACUCUUUGACAAAGCCAGCCAUCCGCCCAUCUACUUUUACACAUUUGACUACGCAGGCGAGAAGACCAAUUACGGGUUUGAUUCGGGCAAUGCUCAAUAUCCUUUUAACGGCGGCGUUCAUCACACUGACGAGCUGAUUUAUCUUUUCGCCAUGAAGCCGCCAUUAAAUACCAAAGACACUGAGGUGGCGAAAAAGAUGGUGUACUUGUGGACGUCCUUUGCAAGGACUGGUGUGCCGCAGGUCUCUGGUGGACCGGUAAUAUCACCGAUGGGCUGUGUUAGGGGUCCUUAUUUUCACAUCGACGAGACCAUACGCACUGAUGGCGAUAUCUUGAAGGAAUUCACAGCGACCAUAGAUGAUCCGAAUAAGAAAAAGUUUGAUCGCCCCAAAAAGAGCUGGUAAAGAGCUUACUCAGAACUCUCCAGGGAUGGCAGAAAACCAUGGAAUUUCCUCUUAACUAAAAAUAAAUCUUUUUCUUUUUUGUCUGCUGCAUUAUUUAAA